CCAGACUCCUACCCAUCGGCGGGUGUGUAAGAGAGCCCCCGACAUCCGACACAGACCAAACACAACCAAGCGCUAUUUCUCCGACGAUUUACCGAAACUUUUGGGGCUACUUACACACCCAGCCGACUGGCAAAACUUGCAGGUGGCGCGAUGUUUGCCUCUGUUGAUUUCGCCUGUUAUCACUCAAUUCGGACUGACUUGUGUGAGUGACACGCUCAGUGUGACAAUACCGAGUUUAUGUAGUGUUAUUUAAUUUUUUGUCAAUGCUAUUUUCAUUUGCUGCAAUACGCAUCAGUGAUGGCUUCGCCCCCCCUAAACUACGACAUACCAUCUAUAGCUACCAUACGCACCGCGGUCCACGAACGUUUCGGCUUCGUACCUUGUAAUUGGCAAGUGCAGUCUGCCCAAGCACAACUGAAGAAGAGAGAUGUCGUCACUUUGUCACCUACAGGCUCUGGCAAGACACUCACAUUCUGGAUUCCUUUGUUAUUCAACGAUGGCGGCAUCACCAUCUUGAUCACUCCGCUGACGAUCCUCGGAGACAAAAAUGUCAUCGAGCUACAAGAAGUCAAUAUACCUGUUGUGAAUCUGUCCGCUGCAACAGCAACAGACACAAUAUUCGAGGAAAUUGCCACCCGAAAGUUUCGGGUCAUAAUUGUUAGCCCCGAGAGAAUACUGUCAGACCGCCGCUUCGAUACCUUGUGGAAGACACCGCAAUUCGUCAACAAACUCUUCAGCAUCACCUUUGACGAGGCGCAUUGCAUUAGUCAAUGGGGUGGUGACUUUCGCCCUUCCUAUGCUGAGCUCGGUCGACUUCGUUGGCUAGUCCCUCCGCACGUCGUGUUUCAUGUAGCAUCUGCCACACUGCCGCGACACGUGCUACAUGAUGUUAAGUCCAUCCUACACAUGCAGGACCAUCGAACAACAGAAGCACGACGCACCAAUGACCGUCCGAACAUCCACUUAAUGGUUAUCGAGAUGCUGGACCCUUUAAACAGCAUGCAUGACCUAAAACGCGUCCUCAAGUUCAAUGGUGACCCACCUCCUCCAAAAUUCAUGGUAUUUUGCAAUGAGCGCAAAGAGACAGAGCGAUUAUGCGAAUUUGCACGGUCAGAAGCACCACCUACUGUGGCUAAAAAGCUGGUCUGGUUUCAUUCAGGCAUGAGUACUGAUUUUCGAGCUGAGACGAUUGAGAACCUUCGGAAGGGGGAGAUAUGGGGUAUCUUCUGCACAGAUGCGGCUGGUAUGGGCCUAGACCUUCGUGACAUUGCGUUAGUAAUCCAGUGGAAAUACACCUCGUCACUUUGCACGCUUUGGCAACGCUUAGGCAGAGCAGCGCGAGAUAUUUCUACAGAGGCAACUGGGAUUUAUCUAGUUGAGCCACAGUACAUUGAUUAUCAGAAAGAGAAGGCAAGAGAAAGAGCCAAUGCACGCACCGCAAAACGAAAACAGGUCGACGAUGGUGGUGGAGGUUCCCGAAAAAAGCACAAAUCAACAAGUAUCGCACAAGUGCCGAGUGUUGGGAAUCGGACGGAAAGUGGCGAGGAUGUGAGAAAUCCGCAACACGCUAUUCAGAGGAUUGUUCCGAAGGAUCUCAAUGACGAAGAGUACGAGGCUGCUGCAAUGGAUGCCUACAUCAAUGCUCGAGCUCGUGGAUUUUGCCGUCGCAAUGUCUCAAAUGAAUAUUUUGACAAUCCCCAGAUUACUGGGCUCAGUCUGAAUGCCAGCAGCAUAUCACCAGUGUGUCAUCCCGACUGCGCACGGUGUAUUAUCAAACCUUCCCGCCUAUGCUGCGACUCGUGUCACAUUGGCUCCUUCAUCCUUCCUGCACCCACCACACAAGCACCUAAGCAAACCCGAGCACCGAAUAAACUCAAAAUACCCGACUAUCAAAUGGGCCCUGGAGACUUUGCAUUGAGAAUUGAACUGCAGGAGUGGCGAAGAGAGCGGCUGAUAGAGAUUGGUGCAGGUGGAGAUGACUUUUUCGGUGUGCAACUGAUAAUGGCCGAUGAAAUUUUAAACCGCAUCGUUGAUUUAGCGCAUUCCCGCAAGAUUGAUGGAGUUUCCUCAAUUCGCGAUCAAGCCAGCUGGCGCUACUGUGACCGGUGGGGCUCUCAAAUAUUCAACAUUGUCCAAAAGUACUACCUGCCAUCUGCCGACAAUGCACCACCCUCUAUCGCAGAGAAUCCAACUACCUUUGCAACCAACCUUGAUAUCAACGCACUUCCUUCGAACAAGCCACCACGUCAAAAAAAACCAUCAACGUGCCGUGCAUGUGGUCAGGCGGGGCAUAUUGGUGAGUUCAUUGUGUUUUUGUACUCAUGCAACUUCUGA